CCUUGAGAUGCUUGCGGGAGUUGGAGCAUGCUCGUUGGCUGUCUGUGGUCCUGACGUCAGGGAGAUUGUGUGAGAGCGCGUGGAGUCCGGCAGUGAGCGCCCUCUCCCUCUACCCGCCGCGCGAGCCUCCAUUGUGAGCAAGCUGAACGAUGCGAGCGCUCCUAGCCGCCGCCGCCGCCCAGUAGAAACCAGCAUACAGAGGAGUCCGUGCUACGUACCCCAAAAGAGGGACCAAAGGAGCGCAGGAGACGCAGAAAGGCUUUUAUGUUAAUCGAAAAUCUCACACUGUCGUCCGGGUUUUAAUGCUUUAGCUAGACGCCAUAGGAGAGAGAGAGAGAGAGAGAUAGAGAGAGAGAGAGAGAGAGAGAGAGAGAGAGCUAGACAGCCUGGAGAGGGAUAGGGAAGAAAUAGAGAGGUAAAAGGGAUUGCCGGUUUUGCACCUCGCCUGUUUUGGAGUAAAAGAAGAGCCGAGGUUUGUCUAGCCAUGGGAUGUACAUUGAGCGCAGAGGAGAGAGCAGCUCUGGACAGGAGCAAAGCCAUCGAGAAAAACCUCAAAGAAGAUGGAAUCACUGCCGCUAAAGACGUCAAAUUACUCCUGCUAGGAGCCGGGGAAUCCGGCAAAAGCACCAUCGUCAAACAGAUGAAGAUUAUCCACGAGGAUGGUUUCUCUGGUGACGAUGUGAAGCAGUACAAGCCCGUGGUCUACAGCAACACCAUCCAGUCCCUGGCUGCCAUCGUCCGCGCCAUGGACACCCUGGGCCUCGAAUACGGGGACAAGGAGCGUAAAGCUGACGCUAAGAUGGUGUGUGACGUGGUGAGCCGUAUGGAGGACACAGAGCCGUACUCCCCCGAGCUUCUGUCCGCCAUGAAGAACCUGUGGUCCGACUCCGGUAUCCAGGAGUGCUUCAGCCGUGCCCGCGAGUACCAGCUCAACGACUCCGCCCAGUACUACCUAGACAGUUUAGAUCGGAUUGGAGCUCCAGACUACCAGCCCACAGAGCAAGACAUCCUCAGAACCCGAGUGAAGACCACUGGCAUCGUAGAAACCCACUUCACCUUCAAGAACCUGCAUUUCAGGCUCUUUGAUGUGGGAGGCCAGAGGUCGGAGAGGAAGAAGUGGAUCCACUGCUUCGAGGACGUGACGGCCAUUAUCUUCUGCGUAGCUCUCAGCGGCUAUGACCAGGUCCUGCAUGAAGACGAGACCACGAACCGUCUGCACGAGUCCCUGAAGCUCUUUGACAGCAUCUGCAACAACAAAUGGUUCACAGACACCUCCAUCAUUCUUUUCCUCAAUAAGAAGGACAUUUUUGAGGACAAAAUAAAGAAGUCUCCUCUUAGUAUCUGCUUCCCUGAGUACACAGGCCCUGACACUUUCACAGAUGCCGUGGUGUACAUCCAGGGUCAGUAUGAGACCAAGAACAAGUCUACCCACAAGGAGGUGUACGCUCACAUCACUUGCGCCACCGACACCAACAACAUCCAGUUCGUCUUCGACGCCGUCACUGACGUCAUCAUCGCCAACAACCUGCGCGGCUGCGGUCUCUACUGACCUCUGGCCUCACCACUCCAAUUCGGUUUCUGUAAAAGAUCCUUUAUCAUUCUGCUGGAAGUCCCCUGAUAAAAAACGUUCUUUGGCUGCCAGUUCACAACGCUGUAUAGAACCCUUUCGCUAAUACAAAAGAUUAUUUUAUUUGCCAGAAAAGAAAAAUUUUAGUGUGGACAAGGUUAUAUGAAAAAGCCGUCAUUUCUAGUUGGAAUUAAGUUUCCUACUGUACCUAAUGCUGUUGGGAGUAAGCCAAAAUUAAUAUUUAUCUCUGCCAAAACUAUUAAGUGCCAAGACUACACCAAGGAUGUUCGCAGUAGCAUCCACUGUGUUUGCAGAAAGACCAAAGAUUGCUAUGGCUUAAUUUGAGCUAUUUUAUGUGUGUGUCAACGAUGAGACCUUUCAUUGUAAUUUCCAGUAUUGUCAUUGGGAUGAUCUUGGUCAUGGUUUAUGGGAGUGCAGACUAUGUUUUACAUCUUCAUGUGCACAACUACAUAGGAAGCACAUGUGAGAGAAACUACCGUUGCACUAUUAUAAAAUAUACUUUACAAACCAUGAUUCACUAGGGUAGAGUAUCUCAUCAAAUCAUUCCACCGCAGUGGGUUUGCUAUUACACUCAAGUGAUCUUUGAUUUUCACUUUGUACAAAAGCGUCUGCAAAUUACUCUAGCUAUAACUGUGUCAGUGUAGAAUUUUUAGACAAUCAUGGAAUGUUAUGUGUUGGGUUACAAUGUCAGGACAGAAAUGUUGUUCUUCAGAUGAAACACAACUGUUGGCAUUUAAAUGGAACCUGAGCUCCCACUGUUCUACUGCCUCUCUGAGGAGCUGCUUAAAUGAGCGUAAAAUGAGUACGAGGCACGCCAUCCUUUCUCUACAUCACAUCGCUGCGUCUCCACAUGGCCAUGAUGGAGACGGGCGCAGGUUGUCAGGCUGUACAGCUUAUUCUCCACAAUCGACUUGACAACAGUGAUAAGGAAGGGUGACUGUAGAUGUAUAACAGCAGCCUGUACAUUAAUAAUUGAUCGCAAUUUAUCAUUUAUCAUGUAUCAGUCAUGUUUAACAUCCAAUUAACCUUUAGCGAUGGCCAGGUUCUCGUAAGACCAAGGAGAGGAGAGCUGAUGACUUUCUGAUGCUGUCACUGGUGAAGAAAAGCUUGACUGAUUUGAUAUUUGUGUCUGUUCUUUUUAUACUUGCCAUGCAGUGACUUGCAUAAACAGCCAAGAACUUUCAAAGAGAAAAAAAACCCCUCAAUCAUUAAAAUGUUCACAAAGGGCUCAUUGUUAGCAUCUACACAGCCAAAUGGGUGUCUUUAGGACUCGUUCUCAGCAUCUACGUGGCAAAAUGGGUUUUUUUAAAGUGGUUUACUUCUGAGGACAUUGUUUUCUACUAUUAUUUUUUCUUUCUUUUGGUUGGGUCUUGCUUUUGUAUUCUCCUAGCUUUGCUCUGAAGGAUGUCUGUGUAAAUAGGACUCUUAAGCGAGCUCUCAACAUCUCUGUGUGAUUCAGCACCAGCAUGGGUGCUAGCGGCCAGUGUGUGUGUGUGUGUGUGUGUGUGUGUGUCUGUGGCGUGAGUACAGCUAAUCCGCCGCGCUUUCCAUCUGGAGUCCACACCUCUCGUGUCUCCCUCUCUCUCUCUCCCUCUCUCUCUCCCUCUCCCUCUCUCUCCCUCCCUCUCUCUCUCUCC